UCGUGUACCUUAAACGACCUUCAGUUAGAUUGAAUGACGUUUGCGCAAUAAUUCAAGAUGAUUCGUAAAGUGAUCUAAGUUCAGUAUCAUCAAUUGCCUGAGAUCACGUAAGUCGACUGCUUCCUUGAUUAAUCCGAUGUGCUCUCCAUAUCUGAGAAUAUUUUCCAAAAAAAAAUCGUUUGUAACACUUCGAUCUCCGAAUGCAGUAGAAUUUUUUGUGGGCAUCAGUCAGCGGCGAAAGAUCCAUCGUAAAUAUUGUUUUUCAUUCGGCAAUUGCGUAAGGAAUAAUGAGCGGUACAUCCCUUUCCAAUGCCAAGAUCGAGAUGGAGAUGGUAGCGGUAUAUAAUCGAAGGCAUGACAAAGAUGAGAGGAAAUUUGAACGAGUGAGUUAGAAGUUUUUUGAGAAAUCACCAGUCAAAGAAUUUUAUUAUUUCAAUUUGCAAAGACUUCGAUUUUCUGACGGGCAUAUUUUAAAAUGCUGUGCGAUAAGUGGAUUUUUAUCGUUUUAUUUCCAGUUUUUUAUGGAAAUUCGGUGGAGGGAGGCGUGCAAUUUCGGAGUAAUAUGACAGGAGAAAUAUCUAAAUACCUGCGCACUGAUGAUUCGCGAAUAGUCAAGGGGAUGAAGAUAAUCGUUUAUAAAGGGAGAAAUAUCGAAGAAGCUUCAACGGUAGAUUUUCCAGUAACAUCGGUUGAGUUAAUUUAUAAAGAGAUCAAUCACACGAAACCCUUGGUUAUUUAUGUUCAUGGCUUUCGCGAACAUCCGUCCAACGAAAGUGUUCGAACUGUUGUUGGAGCUUACUUGGAGCAUGGAAAAGAAAAUAUAUUACUUCUGGACUGGAGUCGACUAGCUGCUGGUGAUUAUAUCGCAACUAUACAGCGAGUCAGAAAAAUUGGAGAAGUUCUAGCAAAAGCUUUCGACGAACUCGUAGAUCUCGGUUUGGAUCUUGAAACCUUCCACUUGGUGGGGCACUCAUUAGGAGCGCAAAUUGGUGGUUUCUUUGGCAAAUCCAGCAAGUACUCCAUCCCUAGGAUAACAGGACUGGACCCUGCGAAUCCUGGAUUUUACUUCACCGGAUCUAAACACAUUGAUGCGAAUAGCGCAAGAUUUGUUGAUAUACUUCAUACCGACGGUGGUUUUUAUGGGGCUCUAGAAGAUACUGGUACUGUUGAUUUUUAUGCCAAUGGAGGAUCCAGACCUCAACCCGGAUGUCCCUUUCUGGGGGUUCCCCUCACCCCAUCAGAUUUAUGCAACCAUUGGAGAUCAUGGCGAUAUUACGCUGAAAGUAUUAAAUAUGAAUACGCCUUUCUCGCCACUCAGUGCGCGUCAUUUUAUCAAUACAGAUCAGGAGACUGCGAUUGGAAUCGAAAAGUUUAUUCCGGAUAUUCCGUUCCGAGGGACACACGAGGAAGCUACUAUUUCACGACUAAUUCUCGAUCUCCAUAUGGCAAUACCCUUGGAUACAUCAACUGGAAUAUUUUGAAUACUGUGUAACCACAGGGAAUUUAAGACUGAAAUUAAUAUGAUUCAA